CCUCCUCUCUUCUCUCCUCAGCACCAGACGGACUCUCUUCUCUUCUCUUCUCUUCUCUUCUGUCUCUCUCUCUCUGGGAUAUUUCCUCCUCGCUUCAUUAUUUCACUGUCGAGUGAUUCUCACAUGCGAACCGCCGGAUUUCUCCCUCUUGAGUAUGAGAGGGACUGAGAAACCGAACCAGAGACACAUCCAGAUCGAGCGUGAUGAUGCGCGCCGCCGGACCCGGAGCUUCAGCACAACUUUAACGCAGCUCGGAGCGUCGCGUUCCCGACACACGGGAGGAUCCGUUUCAGGUCUCCACAGAAUGGAGCGAGAAUGAGCAGCGAGCGGCCGACCGUGAAGCAUGAACUGCAGACUCAUUGUAGUCACUUACUGCCUGUUUAUAUGGGAACAUAUAACAGUUCAGUCCAACCGUCAGGAGCCAUCGGCCAAUGAGCAGCAUGUUAGCCGACAGUUUGACUGGCUUAUCUCGGACCGCGGCCCCUUCCAUCACUCCAAGGGCUACCUGUCCUUCAUGGAGAGAUUUCGCCAAGGAUUCACCACCCGAUAUAAAAUCUACAGGGAGUUCGCCCGCUGGAAGGUGAGGAAUACAGCCAUCGAGCGGCGGGAUCUGAUCCGGAAUCCUCUCCCGCUCAUGCCGGACUUUCAGCGCAGUAUGAGGAUGUUGGGCCGCCGGCCGUCCACGCAACAGUUCAUCGACACCAUCAUCAAGAAAUACGGCACACAUAUUCUGAUCUCGGCCACGCUGGGAGGUGAGGAGGCGCUCACCAUGUACAUGGCCAAGAACAAGCUGGACCGGAAGAUGGUCAACGCCACCCAAGGAGUGGAGGCUCUGCACCAGCUCGCCUCUUCCUAUUUCAUCGACCGGGAUGGCACCAUGCGCAAACUACAUGAGAUUCAGAUCUCCAGCAACGCCAUCAAGGUGACGGAGACCCGGACCGGUCCUCUGGGCUGCAGCACGUAUGAUAAUCUGGACUCGGUCAGUUCUGUCCUGCUCCAGAGCCCGGAGAGUAAACUUCAUCUGCAAGGUUUGCAGGUCAUUUUUCCCGAGUACCUUCAGGAGAAGUUUGUCCAGUCGGCUCUGAGCUACAUCAUGUGUAACGGAGAGGGAGAAUACAUCUGUCAGAAGAGUCGGUGCAUCUGUAAAUGCGCUGAAGACUUCCCACAAUGCAACUGUCCCACCACUGACCUGCAGAUCAUGGAGAAUACUCUGGUGGGCAUGGCCGAGACCUGGGAGGCGUCUUACAGUGACUUUGAGAACUCAGAUGAGUUUAAGUCUUUCCUGAAGCGUCUGCCCGCGACACAUUUCCUGCCGGUGAGCAGCGUUCAUCUGUUAUGGGGCAGUGACUGGGAUCUUCAGAACCGCUAUCGGCUCCUUCAGAGUUCUCUAGAGGUUCAGAGACUGAAGAUUCAACGCACGGCACGAAAACUCUUCGGUCUGAGCGUCCGCUGCCACCACAACCCCAACCACCAGAUGCCCAGAGAGAGGUCGGUGCUGCAGUGGCUGAACCGCGUGCAGUCGUUCCUGUACUGCAACGAGAACGGCUUCUGGGGAAACUUCCUGGAGAGCCAGCGCAGCUGCGUGUGCCACACGGGGGCCACCCUGUGCCAGCGGCCCAUCCCGUGCGUGAUCGGCGGCAACAACAGCUGCGCCAUGUGCAGCCUGGCCAACAUCUCGCAGUGCGGCUCCUGCAACAAGGGAUACAAGCUGUACCGCGGGCGCUGCGAGCCGCAGAACGUGGACUCUGAGCGCAGCGAGCAGUUCAUCAGCUUCGAGACGGACUUGGACUUCCAGGACCUGGAGCUGAAGUACCUGCUGCAGAAGAUGGACGCGCGCCUGCACAUCCACACCACCUUCAUCAGCAACGAGGUGCGCCUGGAGACCUUCUUCGACCCGCGGUGGCGCAAGCGCAUGUCGCUGACGCUCAAGAGCAACAAGAACCGCAUGGACUACCUGCACAUGAUGGUGGGCCUGUCCAUGAAGAUCUGCCAGAUGCGCAACAGCAGCGUGGACCCCAUGUUCUUCGUCUACGUCAACCCGUUCAGCGGGAGCCACUCGGAGGGCUGGAGCAUGCCGUUCGGCGAGCACGGCUACCCGCGCUGGGAGAAGGUGCGCCUCCAGAACUCGCAGUGCUUUAACUGGACGCUGCUGCUGGGCAACCGCUGGAAGACCUUCUUCGAGACCGUGCACAUCUACCUGCGCAGCCGCGCCAAGGUGCCCACCGUCCUGCGCAACGACACCGGCCAGGGCCCCGUGGACCUGUCCGAUCCCAACAAGCGCCAGAUCUACAUCAAGAUCUCCGACAUCCAGGUGUUCGGCUACAGCCUGCGCUUCAACGCCGACCUGCUGCGCAGCGCCGUGCAGCAGGUCAACCAGUCGUACACGCAGGGCGCGCAGUUCUACUCGUCCUCGUCCAUCAUGCUCCUGCUGCUGGACAUCCGGGAGAGGAUCAACCGCCUGGCCCCUCCGGUGGCGCCCGGCAAACCCCAGCUGGACCUCUUCUCCUGCAUGCUGAAGCACCGGCUCAAGCUGAACAACAGUGAGAUGAUUCGCGUGAAUCACGCCCUGGACAUGUACAACACGGAAAUCUUGAAACAGUCGGACCACCUGACAAGCAAACUCUGCUAGAGAACACAACCCCGACCCUUUUUCUGUUCCUUUGCUUUUGCAACUAUUAUAUUAUUACUAUUAUUAACAACAACUUUGUUAUUGUCCGACGGAAAGUAACGAGACGAUAAACGGAACGACGGCAAAGGGAAAAAAAAAAUAACGACUGUAUCAUAUUUGUCCAAGCAUGUCUGUCCUUUCCUUAAAGAGAGAGAGAGAGAAAAAAUGAUUAAAUUCGACAUCCGGUGACACAGAGGCCUUGACUUUACUUUUGAGGAAACAACGGUACGUUUUAAAACUGCCAUUCCUUAUCGCAUUUUUAAAGAUGACAAAAGGGCAGAACCAAAAUCUGAAAUCCUUUUCUUAAUCAGAAUUUUUGUCUUGUUUUUCCAACAAAUUGACGAAAGAUUUUGUUUUUUAUUUCGAAAACAACAACGACGUGACGUUUGUAAACUCGAUAUAAUCCUUCACUGGAAAACAAGACAGAAAGCGUGAUUAAGAAAGUCUUCAUUUGCUGUACAGUCUUGUCCUUUCAUUCAGGUCUCUCUGAUGCUGACGUGUGUUGCCGUCUGCGGGUUUUGUGAGUCUUUGGUUUCACAUCAUCACUUCACGCUCUUUUGUACAGCUGCGCAUUUAAUGUACAUGUUGUGAUUGCUGACGUGUCGAGCUUUUCUGCAUCGCUUCAUCUCUUCGAGGGUCCGCAUAAAGCCAUACAUUUCUCAGAGGAAUGAUUCACUGGAGAAAAAAAACAAACAAAGCAAAACAGAAAGACGGCGGGCACAUUUUGUGAGAAAUGUCCAACGAAUCGCUUUUGUACUUUUGAUUUUCAAUCUUUUUCUAAUGAAAUAUAGCACAGUGGUCUGAAAAAAAGAAUAUAUAAUUACAUAUAUCUAUCUACACACACAUGUACGGCGGGAAUACGGCAUGACAAACGUAAAGCCAUCGCAUUUCAUUACCAAGAGUCAAUCCACAACAGCGAAAUAUUAAAGUUUGAAAUAUCUAUGAUGAUUUUAAUCUGCUUGUAUACCAAAUGUAAACUUUGCUUUUAUAAUGUUUUCUUUCAAUUUUCUAUUCCUUGAUGCAAUUCAGGUUUAACUUCUUGACAUCUAAAAGAUCGAGAUUGGGGGUUAUUUCUAGGACAGAGGGAAUGCGAUCGUCAUCAUGAUUAUUAUUAUUAGUAUGAAUUAUUAUUAUCCAAUCUUAUUAAGUGCCUGUUAGCGAUCCCUUUAAUGCUUUCACACAACAAAUUCUUUUGAUUUGAUUUGAUCAUUUGUAUUUAUUUAACAGAAACGAGACCCUCUUGAAUCCAAACGUAAGACUCGUGGGAACGGGGCCAAAAGCGAAAGGUUUUUUUGCAUGGAUACUCUUGAGAGUUCUGAUAUGUAUUAUCAAUGUAAAUAUCUCUUUUGUUUUGUCUUGAUAUAGCCAUGAAAUCAAAGCUUUUCUUAAAUCACUGUAUAUGGACAACAACACGCCGCCCCGCGCGCACACACACACGAGUUUUUAGUGUAAAUACAGCAGAAAGUCAUUUGGUCACGUCAGGAGAAUCAUCACCAGCUGAUCUGAAUCCGAAUCUGCUUUCAUCUUUACGCUUCAUUCUGCCUUCAGUACGCUUCUGUUUCACACACACGCAGUCCCGUCGGUCGCUCAGUGGGUUGACAAACUGCUUUCAGUACUUUCUGUAAUUUCUGCUGUUCUGUUGAAAUAACUAUAUCAAGCUUUCUUCAAAUGAAUGUUUCAAAUAAUAAUCUAUUUCUCAUUAAAAUGAUAUAUUUAAUAAGAA